AGGGGAGAGCGGACCGCGUGGUGUUGGCGGCUUGUUUUUCGCUCGCCUGAGUUUGCUCCUGAAUUUGGGCCUAGCUAUCCGUCUUGUGGUUCCACGCGACGAAUUUUUUCCACGACUUCACGAGACAGCCUCCACGUGACACUCCGUGUCUGUCUUGUCCGCACUGCUGCUACUAUUGUGCUGGAGUCGCCACGGUCAAAUGUCUGGGUUUCUGGAGUUGGGGCCACAGAAUUA